CUGUGUUGUAUCUGUGAAAGCGGCGCCUCCCCGACCGAGCUUCAUAUCACAGAGCUGCAUCAGGAGCACAUGAACGGCACUCAAGGAUUCUAACUAUAGAGAAGCUGGGCCUUACAUGUACAUUUUCCUGUUAGACGAAACGCUAGUAAAUAUUUAUGAGGUUCCAGGGCUUCAACUAGUUUUUAAUUGUUUGGUUAGUCACCUGUUUGACCAAGUAUUUCCACUUUUUUCCCCAUCACAAUUCUGCUGUUAUAAUAGUACUCCUGGGAUUAAAAAAUGGAAACUGGAGAUGUUCAUCUAAACGAGAGACCAACGAACGGGACUACUCUUGAUGUUUGUUCCACAGCUUUGCCUUAACAAUACUGGAAUUAUCAAAACUUGGAUAUUUUCGCAAUGGAAAUGCAAUUUUUAACUGUAUUUUGUUUGCUCGUGUGUUGUGAACUCUCAGUAGUUCUCGCGCGUAGCAAUAACACGGCAGAUUUAACGUCAAAAAUCGCUUCAUCCUAUAAAGUGCGUGAAAUCAAUACAGACGGGAAUGAACGACGUGUAACUUUAAAUAAAAUCAGUUAUGAAACGAGUAAGAAACCUACAGAUGUGCUUUUAUCGACCAGGAGUACGAUAAACUUAACGUCGGUGAAUGGGAGCGAUAACACAACGGUAAGAGCGUCUUCCAGGCAAAAGUACGAAAGAACUUAUCAAAUGGACAAAUAUAGGAAAACAAAAUCAUUUCUGAGGGAAAUGCACGGCGAAAUUCGCGUAAAACGUCGUUAUCGUCGACAGGAAAGAGUGACUGCGCGAAAUGAGCCUGAUAGGAAUCAAACCAGAUUGCUUGAGAAUGAAUUUGAGCGUGUUGAGUCGAUGCCGAAGCCUGUAGCGCAGAUCCAGCCUACAGACUUUCCCACUGACUUCACGUCUAUCCCUGAAUGGGGCACCUCACCAGUGGAAGACUAUGAGGAAGUCUUCACCCCGUUCAUUCCCUUUAAUACACGGUCAAAGACUCCAGGGGUGAAGAACCCGUUUUACCCUGUGACAGGUGAAUCGUACGGUGCAUAUGCUGUCAUGUGCAUCUCCAUUCUUAUUUUCACUGUGGGAAUUGUUGGGAAUAUAGCAAUCAUGUGCAUAGUGUGCCACAAUUACUACAUGAGCUUGCCACUUGCUAUAUUCCAUGAACUCACUAAGGAUUGGCUCCUUGGGGAAUUCUCCUGUAAAAUCAUUCCAUACAUUGAGGUGGCGUCAUUAGGAGUAACUACCUUCACUCUUUGUGCUUUGUGCAUUGACCGUUUCCGUGCCGCGAGCAACGUCCAGCUGUACUACGAGAUGAUCGAGAACUGCAUCUCUACUGCAGCCAAGCUAACCGUGAUCUGGCUGGGUGCUCUGCUCCUCGCCCUACCCGAGCUCCUCAUCCGGCAGCUGGUGAGAGAGGAGCUCGAGCCUCCAGAGGUGAUACCGUGCGAACAUUGCGUAAUCCAAAUCUCCACGGCUCUCCCGGACACGCUUUACGUGCUCGGACUCACCUACAAUAGCGCUCGCCUGUGGUGGUACUUCGGCUGCUACUUCUGCCUGCCCACCCUCUUCACCAUCAUCAGCUCGGUGGUGACUGCACGCAAAAUCCGCAAGGCUGAGCGAACCAGCGUCCGAGGCAACCGCAAGCAGAUCCAACUGGAAAGCCAAAUGAACUGCAUCGUGGUUGCUUUGGCUAUCCUGUACGGCUUUUGCAUCAUUCCGGAGAACAUCAGCAACAUCGUAUCGGUGUACAUGGCUACAGGCGUGCCACGGCGCACGCUGGAUAUCUUGCAUCUGGUGAGUCAGAUGAUGCUGUUCUUCAAGUCCGCGGUUACGCCUGUCCUGCUUCUGGUGCUCUGUCGGCCCUUCAGCAAAGCCUUCCUGGACUGCUGCUGCUGCUGUUUUGAGGAGUGCGGCCCACCAAAGUCCUCCGAGCCCAACAGUGAUGACAACGAUCAGGACGGCACCACCGAGCUGGAGCUUUCACCUUACAGCACUGUAGUCCGCAGGGAUCCAUCUACCUUCCCAAUAGCGGGAACGCACUGCUAAGGUUGUACUUUACCUAAGGGCUAAACAUUACCAAGGGCUUAGAUUUACGGAAUGAAAUAGUUGAGAGAUGUUGUUUUCACAGGCUGUGCAAUUUUGUGCCAUUUCUGUUUUUACUCGACUUUGUUUUGGGAGAGAUGCCCAAAAACUGGAUAUUUUAUCUUGUGAAAAAAGGGACAAAGAGCCACACAUUUAUCGCAGGCCAUAUGGUUGAUGUUUACAAAAGAAGACGUGUACCAUGAGUAGUUUCUUGGAAGUUUAUAGGAAGUCUAGAAGGAUUAUAAAUUAACAAACAUGCAUUUGUUACAUUUGCACUGUUUUCUUACCCCUAUAUCUUUUUUUCCAUUUUAAUUUGGUGUAUUUGUGUUUUUGUUCAAAGUGUCUUUAAACAAAAAAAGAGGCUUAUGGAUGGUAAUAGAAAAUGGUUGUUCGUAGUAUGUUUUGGUGUUGUGGAAAUUGGCGAUUCUUGUGAAUCGGUUUAACGUUAAGCCUAGCUCCUUUGCUACGUAAGUAUUAAAUUCACUCUGUAUUUUCUAGCAGAAGAACUUGUGACGCUCUUCAGCCACUGGAAAGCACUGAAGAAGCUGUUUAGCCAAGACAUGUCACUUUAAUAAAAAAACAACAACACAU